AUGUCCACCCGUAAGAGAAAGCAAGAGGCUGAGGAGGAGGAAGAGCUCCAAGCGCUCCCUAGCGACGAGAGCGAGGAAGAAGAAGAAUAUGAAGACUCCGAAGUAGCCGAGAGCGAGGAAGGAGAGGAAGAAGGAAGCGAAGAAGAGGAGCUUGAAGAAGAGGAGGAGGGUGAAGAGGAACCAGAGGAACAAGGUGAGUUCACUCUUCUAGUCUCCAAUCAUGCUACGUAUCUCUUACUAACGAGUAUUCUUCUCCUAGCAGCUCCUCCGGCUUCCAAGAAGCGAAAGACAGCUCCGGCGCCCGAACAAGAGGAAGAAGAAGAAGAAGAGGGCAAGGAAAAUGGCGAAGCUGAAAACGGUGAAGAUGAGAACGGCGUCGAUGAGGAAGAGGAGGAAGCACCGGAAGGCGAAGACGACGCUGAGGAAGCUCCUGAAGAGACAGCAAAGACCAGUGCCCCUGCCGCCGCUGCUAGCAAGGCCAAGGCUGGCAAUGUACCUAAGGAAGCCGAGGCCGAUGCUGCUGCAGAGGAGGAGUGA